AAAUUGUAACGUAAGGAUAGCGUCGUAGUCGUUGGUGCCCAUUUGCUAUGCACUGUGUGAGUGGCGAUGCAAAUGCAAGUUCCGGUGGGAGGGCGAGUCCCCACAUGGUUCUCUCGGCGAAGACUCCUCGAAGAGAAGCUCUGCGACCUCCACAAGUGCACCAAUUUGGACUCUGUGAACCAAAUCCACGCCCAAGUCCUCAAAGCCAAUCUCCACCAAGACCUCUUCGUCGCUCCCAAACUCAUCGCCGCCUUCUCCCUCUGCCGCCACCUCGCCUCCGCUGUCAACGUCUUCAACCACGUCCCCCACCCCAACGUCCACCUCUACAACUCCAUCAUCAGAGCCCACGCCCACAACAGUUCCCACCGUUCUCUCCCCUUCAACGCUUUCUUCCAAAUGCAGAAAAACGGACUCUUUCCUGAUAAUUUCACGUACCCUUUUCUCCUUAAGGCUUGUUCUGGCCCCUCCUCGCUUCCUUUGGUCCGAAUGAUCCAUGCCCAUGUUGAAAAAAUUGGUUUUUAUGGGGAUAUCUUUGUGCCCAAUUCGCUUAUUGACUCCUACUCCAGGUGCGGGAAUGCCGGGCUUGAUGGGGCCAUGAGCUUGUUUUUGGCCAUGGAGGAGAGGGAUGUGGUCACUUGGAACUCCAUGAUUGGUGGGUUGGUCAGAUGUGGUGAGUUGCAGGGUGCGUGUAAGCUGUUUGAUGAAAUGCCUGACAGGGAUAUGGUUAGUUGGAACACCAUGUUGGAUGGGUACGCCAAGGCGGGGGAGAUGGACACGGCGUUUGAGCUGUUUGAGAGAAUGCCUUGGAGGAAUAUCGUCUCGUGGUCGACGAUGGUUUGCGGGUAUAGUAAGGGUGGUGACAUGGAUAUGGCGAGGAUGUUGUUUGACAGGUGUCCGGUGAAGAAUGUGGUGCUUUGGACAACAAUAAUAGCGGGAUAUGCUGAAAAGGGGCUUGCGAGGGAGGCAACGGAGUUGUAUGGGAAAAUGGAGGAGGCUGGGAUGAGGCCCGAUGAUGGGUUUUUGCUUAGCAUUCUGGCGGCGUGUGCUGAGUCUGGAAUGCUCGGAUUGGGGAAGAGAAUUCAUGCGUCUAUGAGGAGGUGGAGGUUUAGAUGUGGCGCUAAGGUGUUGAAUGCGUUUAUUGAUAUGUAUGCCAAGUGUGGUUGUUUGGAUGCUGCCUUUGAUGUCUUUAGUGGAAUGAUGGCAAAGAAAGAUGUGGUGUCUUGGAAUUCCAUGAUCCAGGGGUUUGCCAUGCAUGGACAUGGCGAGAAAGCACUUGAGCUCUUUUCUUGGAUGGUACAGGAAGGUUUUGAGCCAGAUACGUAUACAUUUGUUGGCCUUUUGUGUGCUUGCACUCAUGCUGGCCUUGUUAAUGAAGGGCGUAAAUACUUUUAUUCAAUGGAGAAAGUAUAUGGGAUUGUUCCUCAAGUUGAGCAUUAUGGUUGUAUGAUGGACCUUCUUGGACGCGGGGGACACCUAAAAGAAGCUUUCAUGCUUCUGCGCAGCAUGCCUAUGGAACCAAAUGCCAUUAUAUUGGGUACUCUUCUGAAUGCUUGUCGGAUGCAUAAUGAUGUAGAUCUUGCAAGAGCUGUGUGUGAACAGCUGUUUAAGUUGGAGCCAUCGGACCCUGGGAAUUACUCCCUUCUGUCAAAUAUUUAUGCUCAAGCAGGAGAUUGGAUGAAUGUUGCCAAUGUGAGGUUACAAAUGAAGAAUACAGGAGGUGAAAAGCCUUCUGGGGCUAGUUCCAUAGAGGUAGAAGAAGAAGUGCAUGAAUUUACUGUAUUUGAUCAGUCGCACCCUAAAUCAGAUGAUAUAUAUCAGAUGAUUGACAGAUUAGUACAGGACCUCAGGCAGGUUGGAUAUGUUCCAAUGAUACAUCAGUAGAGAUGAAUGAAAAUCAAAUUGGUUGCAUUAUUAUGUAAGCACAGCUGAAAUGAUGCUUCAAGGAAUGAAUAUGAUUUUUUUAGUUGAGCACAGUGCAUUGCUGGUUUACUAAAAACAAGUAAACAAAUCAUUGUAUUCAUCACUACCACUGGUUUAGCAACAAAGUUGUAUGCAUGGCUCAUGGCUGAACCUAUGCUUCUGGUGCAAGCAUCACAGUACGGAUCCCAAAAGCUCUGCUUGCAGCAUGGCGUGAUAUCUCUUGCAUGAUUUUGCCUAACACAGUAAUUGCUUGGUUGUUACAGAAUGAAUCUCUUUGUUGGUUUGGUGAUCCCAACUUUGUCAGAAUUUACAUGUCAUCAGUUGGUUGUUCGAUUUUGUGUUAGGAAGUUUUUUUACGGUUUUACCUUUUAAAUAUGUUGGGGAGAUUGAAAGAAAGACUAUAAUAUUGAUGAGCAGGCAAAGAACAAGGUUGUAUGCAUGGCUGAACCUAUGCAUCUGUUGCAAGCAUCAUCUGCAUUCCUACUAACGCUGGCAGGAGCUCUGUUGUAAAGUCAAAGAAAGGGAAAAUUGUGUAGAGAAAAUGCUCUAGUUCUUCCUGUCUACCACUUAUUGUAAAAAGAAGCUACACUUAACAUAUGUAUACUGGGUGACAAUUCGACUCUUGACUCUACCAAUAUUUCUGUGUACUGGUUUUUGGCAUGAUCUCGUGAUGACUAAUUAUGCCAAAGUGAAUUGUGCAAGCCUUCAUUUUGGAUAAUGGAAUGUAAAUGGAUACCAUGUUCGUUUUUGUUGAUGUUGAUAAUACUUUUCUUCCCUUCGUCUUCUCUCUCUAGACCAAGAUUCUGUUACAGCAUGUCCGUCCUACUCCUAACAAAUUACUUUAUAGAUGAUCUUUGGAUCCGUCAAUGACAUUGCACAUUUGACAAAAAAGAAAUGAAGGUGAAAUUAUAUUUUGGCAUGCCAAAUAGAUGCUGUAUAACGACUGGCAUCGUUGCUCAUUAAUUUUUAUAAUGGCAUUUCAUGUAUUUUGGAUAUGAGAUUCGUCUUGUUCUAUUAAUUUAUUCCAGUUUGAGUUGUUUUGCUUAAGCCAAUCCUUCUAUUAAGUAAGCCCCAUGAGUCAUGACCCAACAAAGGGCCACACAAAUAAAAUGGAAGGUGCAAGAUACAAGUUGGGAGGUUCAAGAUCUUUUAUCAGGUAAUUGACUUGUUUUGAAUGAUAAGACAAUUAGCAAAUCCCUACCCUUGCAGAGCAUAAGAGAUUCUCAUUGGAGGAUUUUAGUGGUAAUCAAAUACAUGUUUAUUGUUCUUGGGCUAACGCAGAAUAGCCAUGUGUACAAAGAAAACUUUAUUUGGAGAAGUAAAAUUCAUUUUAAUGAUCUUUAUGCUUUAAUAGAUUAGUCUCAUGACUUGAAAUCAUGGACAAUUGGAGAUACUUUGCUUUGAGCAAAAGUAUACUCACAUAAAUUAUGUUAACUUAGAACUUGACGCACAUAUUACCUAACCUUGAUUGAAACCAAUCCAAGUUUGAAUAAAUAAUUUGUUUAAAAUAUCAAGAAUAAAAAAUAAAUUCUUCUUAAAACGUAUCAUCAACACAAACCUUCCUAUUAAUCCAUCGAUAUUGCAAAUUGACCCAUUCGGUCAUUCUUAGAUAAGAGGUCAAUUCCAGAGUAAUCCAACACUAAUAUACCUCUCUAGUUUAAUGCUGCCUAUGUUCUCUCUCUCUUUUUUUUUUAUCUGUGAAUCCCACGUGUCCCCUUCUCUAUAAUGAUGAAUAUCCACAAGUUGAAAACAUUUUCAAAAUUGGAAGUUGGUGCACAAACAAGUGGCAUAGAACCUGACACAUCACACAAAAAGUUUUUGAUCCAUCCAAUACCCCCAAAUAAAGUUCCCGGGAACCCUAAGUGUUGGUCAUCCUAUGUGGCAUUUGUCAAAGUUUAUCCACUGGCCCAUACUUUUGAGACACCCAACUUGGAUUAGAUGCCCUUGUUAAAAAAAAAAAAAAAAA